CCAGUGAUGGAGAGGGGACUGACUCCGAUUGCUCCGGGUUGGAAAUAGCCCCACCAUGGUACGGGGAGAGCAAACAGACGGGCGAUUCAUAGCGUGGCAUCGUGUUGUCAGUUUUGCAGUGUUAGCUUUGCACUUCGUGUGGAAGAAUGAUACCAGGAUUUGGAAACCUCAUGCAGGAUGUGCUGUGGUGUUUUAGUCAAGUAAAAGGAACUAUAGAUAUUGGGGUGACAGAAGCUGACAUCAUCUCUACAGUAGAAUUCAACCACACUGGAGAAUUACUAGCAACAGGAGACAAGGGGGGCCGUGUUGUAAUAUUUCAGCGUGAGCAGGAGAGCAAAAACCAGCCCCAUCGCCGGGGAGAGUACAAUGUCUACAGCACCUUCCAGAGCCACGAGCCGGAGUUCGAUUACCUGAAGAGUCUGGAGAUUGAGGAGAAGAUCAACAAGAUCCGAUGGCUGCCGCAGCAGAACGCAGCCUAUUUCCUGCUCUCCACCAACGAUAAGACGGUGAAGCUGUGGAAGGUCAGCGAGAGGGACAAGAGACCCGAGGGAUACAAUCUCAAGGAUGAGGACGGCCGUCUGCGAGACCCCUCCAUGAUCACCGUGCUACGGGUACCUGUGCUCCGGCCCAUGGACCUGAUGGUGGAGGCCACCCCCCGGAGGGUGUUUGCCAACGCUCACACCUACCACAUCAACUCCAUCUCCGUCAACAGUGACUACGAGACCUACAUGUCAGCCGAUGACCUGAGGAUAAACCUGUGGAACUUUGAAAUCACAAAUCAAAGUUUUAACAUCGUGGACAUCAAGCCGGCCAACAUGGAGGAGCUGACAGAGGUGAUCACAGCCGCCGAGUUCCACCCCCACCACUGCAACACCUUCGUCUACAGCAGCAGCAAGGGCACCAUCCGGCUGUGUGACAUGCGCACCGCCGCCCUCUGCGACCGCCACGCCAAGUUUUUUGAAGAGCCUGAAGACCCAAGUAACCGGUCAUUUUUUUCUGAGAUCAUCUCCUCAAUCUCUGAUGUCAAAUUCAGCCACAGUGGGAGGUAUAUCAUGACCCGGGACUAUCUCACUGUCAAGGUGUGGGACCUGAACAUGGAGAACCGGCCCAUUGAGACCUACCAGGUUCACGACUACCUGAGGAGCAAGCUCUGCUCGCUCUACGAGAACGACUGCAUCUUCGACAAGUUCGAGUGCGUCUGGAACGGCUCCGACAGUGUCAUCAUGACCGGCUCCUACAACAACUUCUUCCGCAUGUUCGACCGCAACACCAAGCGCGACGUGACGCUGGAGGCCUCGCGGGAGAGCAGCAAACCCCGCGCCAUCCUCAAGCCCCGCAAGGUCUGCGUGGGCGGCAAGCGGAGGAAAGACGAAAUUAGCGUGGACAGUCUGGACUUUAGCAAAAAGAUCCUGCACACAGCUUGGCACCCCUCCGAGAAUAUCAUCGCCGUGGCAGCAACAAACAACCUGUAUAUAUUCCAGGACAAGGUUAACUAGGAGGACAAGUUGUUCUUUAGGAAUCUCAUGUACUGAACACUAGUAAACACGUUAUUUCAAAUGUUUAUUUUCUUUCUUUCCUUUCUCUUUUUUUCCCCCCUUUUCCUCCCUGUCCCUUUGUUCAGUGGUUGCUCUGCAGAUAGUGGCUGUGCAGAGGGAGCCCUCCCGGGGCUGCGGGGCACGUGCAGCAGACACCAGAUUUCUCUUCAUUUACAGGUUGAGAGCCGAGGUGUAAGGUGGGGGGCUGGGGUGGUGCCAGGCUCUGGCUGUCCCCAUGUCCCCCGUGGGCACUGGGGUGGCUGUGGCAGCUGUGGGACGUGUGCCAGGCCCACCCUGUGCCCCACCCACCUUGGUUUAAACCCCAUCCUAGAAAUACUCUGCCUGUUGUCACGUCGCCAGGUGAGAACAUCGUCCCCUUUUGCCAUUGUUCAUGUUCGUCUUUUUAUUAUUGUUACUUCUUGUGGUUUUACCAACAGACACAGCAAAACCAAACGUAAAGUGGAAAAGUUCAGAUGUGCAAUGGACAAGCUUAAAGGGGGAGAUCUGCACCCUGGGACGUGUCUGCUCUAGCCAGGCUGCUGCUUCCCCCACCCCACAGAAACGCUCCUGAGGAUUUGGCUUUGUAGAUACUGUGGUGCCUUUUUUGGUAUAUGAAAUACCUUUAUAAAUUAUGCUUCCACACUGCAUUGAUUGCAAACCAAACUGAACCUGGGCUUUUCUUCUGCAUUUCUUCUAUUUUGCUUUGGUCAUUUUUACUUGUUCUGUUGUAAGCUCUUGCAUGUCGUGACGAUCUCUCUCUCUCUCUCUCUCUCUCUCUCUCUUUCUGUUUUAAUUAAUUUAUUUAUUCAGUUUUUUUUAAAGAUAAAGUAUAAGUUGCUAAUUUAUGACCUUCUAAAAAAAAAUCCAACCACAUACUGCUGUGAGCACCGGACUGCUUCAAAGAGAGGCUGUCUGGGGUCCUACAUUAUAAUAAUAAUGAUAAUAAUAAUAAAAACAAGAACUCCUCCUCUUUGCAUGGCAAGGCUGCCCCUUUCUACUCUGAAGAUUGUUCAGGUCUCUCUUUUUCUUGAGCAACUGUUCAAUAAAAAAAAAAAAAAAAGUAAUGAAUUUCCAGUCAAUCUGCAAAAAGCAAACGAAUAAAUAAAGUCAAUUAAAAAUAAAAAAGCAACUCUGUCACUCUAGAAGUGGCUCCAUCAGGGUGACCCUCCUGCACCCCUGCUGGGGGGGCAGGGGCUCCCACCUGCGCUGCAGCCUUGCAGGGAUGUUUACACGACUUUGAGGGGAAGUCCCUUUGGGAUGGGCUCUCGGAAAGACUCCAUGAGGAUCCCAGCGUGUCCCUCAUGGCCUCCCAGCCCUGGCACUGGACACACAGGAGAUGGACAGAGUGCAGGGACCACUUGGGGACCCAGGAGGGGGCAGCUGGGGGACCCCAGCCCUGCCUGAGCUCACCGCCUCGGAGGAGCGAUGGCAGGGGAAACAAAGUGCACUGGCUUACACAUUUGUAACACGUGGUGGCUUCCAGGAGUAGCUUUUUUUUAAGUGAAAUGCUAAAAAAAAAAAAAAAAUAUCAAAUAGC